AUGAGCAAGCCAAAUGUCAAUGACGAGUCGACAAAGAAUAACGCCAACAAGAUGUUUUUGUUAAGUUUGCUGCCAGACUUAAAUUCUAUGACAUCCACACAAAUAAGAUCAUUCAAACGUCAAGUUAUAGAUGUGAUAGAUAACAUACUGCAUGUACCUACCACUUCAUCUAAGCAAACGCCGGCGCCGGCCUUAGUUCAUAUACCAAAUACUUCAAGUAUAUUAUCUUCGCAGACAUCUCCGUUUGUAGGACCCGAAAUACAACACCCAAGUAAAUCGUCCUCGCAGGUAACAACUGACAUAGAAUUACCAAUAGAAACCAAUAAUGAUAUAAUCGAAUAUACAACCGACGAUGGAGUAAAUGCAGCUACAUAUAUUCAACUACUCCAAAAUACUGUAGGUGAAGUAAAUUAUACUCAGAAUUGAUGACGCAGUUAAGAUUUCGUGCAGACUUCUGAGG